CACACCCAAAUUUCUAAAUCAACAAAAAAUAAUGUCACGAAACUACUUUUUUCUUUUCUUUCUUUUCCUUUGUCUUAUUCUAAGUGCAGAAGCCCGCGCCCCAUUUGCUUGUGAUCCAAGAAAUGGGCUAACAAGGUCUAUGCGCUUCUGUAAGGUCAACCUCCCGAUUAAAGUAAGGGUUCAAGACCUUAUCGGAAGGUUGAACUUACAAGAAAAAAUAAGGUUGUUAGUAAAUAAUGCAGCGGGAGUGCCGAGAUUUGGAAUUCAAGGUUACGAGUGGUGGUCGGAGGCUCUACAUGGAGUAUCCGAUGUGGGACCCGGAACCAAGUUCCAAGGGGCUUUCCCGGGCGCUACUAGUUUUCCUCAAGUCAUCACCUCCGCAGCUUCUUUCAAUGCCACUCUUUGGCAAGCUAUUGGAGAGGUGGUAUCAGAUGAAGCAAGAGCAAUGUAUAAUGGAGGAACAGCAGGAUUAACAUAUUGGAGUCCAAAUGUGAAUAUAUUUAGAGACCCAAGAUGGGGAAGAGGCCAAGAAACUCCUGGUGAGGACCCUUUUUUAGCUGCCAAAUAUGCUUCUAGUUAUGUUCAAGGUCUUCAAGGUCAUUACAAUAAGAACAGGUUAAAGGUUGCUGCUUGUUGCAAGCAUUAUACUGCUUAUGAUCUUGAUAAUUGGAAUGGCAUUGAUCGUUACCACUUUAAUGCUCGAGUGAGUAAGCAAGACUUGGAGGACACAUACAAUGUGCCCUUUAAAGCAUGUGUAGAAGAAGGACAAGUUGCUAGUGUCAUGUGUUCCUACAACCAAGUUAAUGGCAAGCCUACUUGUGCUGAUGUUGAUCUACUACGUAACACUAUUCGUGGCCAGUGGCGCCUUAAUGGGUAUAUUGUAUCGGAUUGUGACUCAGUUGGUGUAAUGUACGAUUCUCAACAUUACACUCGCACACCGGAGGAAGCAGCUGCGGACACUAUCAAAGCGGGUUUAGACUUGGACUGUGGGCCCUUUUUAGCAGUGCACACCGAAGGGGCAAUAACGAAAGGACUAUUGACAGAAGCUGAUGUAAACCAGGCCUUGACCAACACCAUAACUGUCCAAAUGAGACUAGGAAUGUUUGAUGGUGAACCAUCAGCUCAACCAUUUGGAAACUUGGGCCCAAAAGAUGUUUGCACUCCAGCCCAUCAAGAUCUGGCCCUUCAGACAGCUCAUCAAGGAAUAGUUCUUCUCCAAAACAGGCCUGGAUCACUGCCGUUGUCCGCAGACCAACAUCCUACUAUUGCUGUUAUUGGGCCUAAUGCUGAUGCUACCGUUACCAUGAUCGGAAACUACGCCGGUGUGGCAUGUGGAUACACAUCUCCAUUGCAAGGCAUAUCAAGAUACGCAAAAACAAUACAUGAAGCAGGAUGCAUAGGUGUAGCUUGCAAUAGCAACCAACAAUUUGGGGCAGCAAUAUCAGCAGCAACCCACGCGGAUGCAACAGUAUUAGUAAUGGGCCUGGACCAAUCUAUUGAGGCCGAAGCCCUAGACAGAAAGUCUGUUCUUUUACCGGGCCACCAACAAGAAUUGAUUUCAAGGGUGGCCAUGGCUUCUAGAGGCCCAACUAUUUUGGUUUUGAUGUGUGGUGGGCCUGUUGAUGUAUCCUUUGCUAAAAAUGACCCAAAGAUAAGUGCCAUUUUGUGGAUAGGUUAUCCUGGUCAAGCAGGUGGUACUGCUAUUGCUGAUGUCCUCUUUGGUACCACUAAUCCAGGAGGAAAGCUUCCAAUGACAUGGUAUCCACAAGACUAUGUAUCAAAAAUCUCAAUGGCAGACCUUGCAAUGCGGGCCAACCCAGCAAGAGGUUAUCCGGGCCGAACAUACCGUUUCUAUAAAGGGCCCGUUGUAUUCCCAUUUGGAUUUGGGUUAAGUUACACUAGCUUUACUCACUCUUUGGCACAAGCACCAACAAAAAUGAUGUUAGCCCUUAAAAACCAAAUUCCUAAUACAAAUAUUUCUAAAUUGCACACAAACAAUGCCAUAAGGGUGUUACACACAAAUUGUGACUCUACACCUUCCCUAAGCCUCCACAUUGAUGUAACGAAUAUGGGUAAGAUGGACGGGUCCCACACCGUCCUCGUGUACUCGACCCCACCCAAUGGGGCCCAGUCAACUGAGAAGCACCUCAUUGGGUUCGAGAAAGUCCACGUGUCGGCGGGUUCGCAGCAACGAGUUAGGAUGAAUUUACACGUUUGCAAGCAUCUUAGUAGGGCAGAUGAAUUUGGGAUUAGAAGAAUCUCAAUGGGUGAACAUAUAAUUCACAUUGGGUAUGAUCUCAAACAUCAGAUUUCUGUUCAAGUUGAUUUAGGAAAUUGAUUAAGAUCUUAUAUGGUAAUUUUAAGGCUAGUAGGAAAUUAUAUAUUUUUAAAGUUUGCCACAAGCUAAGUGUUGAUAAACUAAUUAAGGUGAAGUACCUGGUGCUAUACAUAGAAUCAUUAUUCAGAAGUAUACAGAAAAUGUGAUUUUUAGUUUGGUUUGCUUUGUUUGAUAACAAUUUGAAAAUAACUAAUUGGAAUGAUGCUUUAAAUUAUUCAAGGAGUAUCUUACAGAGUUACAAGUCUGUAGUUUAUAGAGAGAGGUGUUAGCUAAAUCAUCCAAUUGAUAUCUAAACUUAUCACGUUGUACUACGAUGACAGUGUAGAUAUAAACUAAUAGUAGAACGACCCUUUUUUACGCAUGAGUAAUUGUAAACUGAUUUCAAUUGCAAC